AUGGCUUCUUCAACAGCUACAGCAACACCCUCAAGACUUAACACAUUUGAGAGUCCACUUUCACAUACUGCAUUCGAAAAGCGUGUCGACAAUGUAAAACCAAUAAAGAGUGACAUCAAUGCUUUAAUAUUAGAUUAUCUUACAACCGAAGGUUAUCCAUCUGCAGCUGCAAGGUUCUCUAAGGAAGCGAAUCUUAAGCCACAACAAGCAGAAGAGUUUGUGAAAGCUCGUCAAGCUAUUCAGCAUUCCAUACAUCUGGGAAGCAUACAAGAUGCUAUCGACGCAGUAAAUGAUUUGGAUCCUCAGGUUCUCGAAAAGAAUCCAGCCCUCCAUUUUUCACUCUUGCGACUACAACUGGUUGAGCUCAUUCGGUCUUCAGGCAGUGACGUCGCUCCUGUCAUAAAUUUUGCCAGGACUCAACUUGCACCUCGAGCUGCAACCAAUCCGGAUUUUUUAGAAGACCUUGAAAGGACAAUGGCUCUACUAGUCUUUCAGCCGGAUAACCUGGAGCCAAAGCUAGCUACUUUAAUACACCCUGACCUUCGAAGGUCCGUCGCAGAUAAAGUUAACAAAGCUAUACUACAAUCUCAGAAUAAACGUCGAGAUGCGGCCAUUAGAGAUCUUGUCCGCCUACGUGCCUGGGCUGAGAACACUGCACGGGAUGCAAAAAAGGAAAUACCGCCUCUUAUUGAGCUGGGUCUCGAUAAUGAUGACCAUGAUCAUGAUAAUAUACAUGGUGAUGGAUCCCAUGCACAACAAACAAUGAAUGAAGCAAUGAUGAUGACAUGAGUGGGGUAUUGAAUUGGUUAUAUUUGGCGCUUGGGUUCUUGCCAACAUUAUUAUACCCUUUUCGAAGUUGUUUCGGGUAGAACUUCUUCACAAAUGUCAUAGGAUGGAAUUGGCGUUUAACGGUAGGAAUAAUCAUUAUUUAUCAGUACAUAAGGAAUCCGGAUACCGGAUUCAAUUAAUAUAAAGUUCAUUUGAUAAUUUACUAUGCAUA